UUAGCAGAACUGGUAUUCUCGUCUAUAAACUUGUCUGGUAAUUGCUGGGUAGUUUACCAAGCCGGCUAAAAUUUGCGUUCUUGACUCUGAACUCUGUGCUUUCCGUAGUUUCCGAUAGCAUAAUGAUGGCCGCUUCAUAUGGCAGCAGUGGACCAGAGCUAUCUAAAGCUGAGUACCUAAAACGUUAUUUAUCCGGUGACCAAGAUGUAAAGAAGUCAAAGGGGAAGCUAAAAAAGAAACGCCGUAAGGUUCCUGAAAAAGGACUUAAAAUAGUAGACGAUGACCUAGACUGGAAACAGAUGGCCAUAGAGGAGAAGGAGAUUGAAGAGGACGAAGAGGAAGCUCCAGUGAUUGCUGAGAUGAUUGACGAUCGACCAGAGGAAGUGAAACAGCUGGAAGCCUUCAGAACCAGCAAUAGAUGGAAAGUGAUUGGAGCUGAUGAAAAUGAAGACAAAGAAGAGGGUGAAGGUGGAGAGAAUCAACAUCUAGAGCCUGUGGCAUCAAACAGUAGUCGCCAUGACUCCCCAGACACAUCACCCCCAAGAAGAGGUCGUCAUGACUCUCCAGACAUAUCCCCUCCCAGAAGAGGUCGCCAUGACUCACCAGACACAUCCCCCCCGAGGAGGGGUCGUCAUGACUCUCCAGAGAUGUCUCCUCCCAGAAUUGGUCGCUGUGACUCUCCAGGCUUAUUGCCUGCUAGGCAACGGUCAGGGAAAUCGGGAAAGUCACAAAGUAAAGAGUCAUCCCCCGGCAAAAGAAAGCCCAAUUCAUCAUUAUCAAGUAAAAAACCUUCUGAACCUGAUCCUCAUCAAUCACCACUGGCAAAGAGGGCUCAGAACAAGCAUGGUUCAGACUCCGACCAGUCACCUCCUCGAAAAAAGCCACUUAAAGGAGAAGCUUCAGACUCCGACCAAUCGCCUCCAAGGAGGCACUCAAAAGCAAAACGAGACUCUGAUUCUGAUCAGUUGCCACCAAGGAGGCGGCCGCGGAGUGGAAAAGACUCGGAUGAAGAUCUGUCACCACCUCGUAGGCCUGGGCAGUCACAGGGUCCAAGGAUGCUUUCUGGUGGGAAGGCAGGUCUGGUUUCUGUAGAUGUUUUAAGGAAGGAGCAGGAGGAGAACCGGCGCAGAGACAAAAUCAACCAGCCACUGGAAGAUGAAUCCCGCAAUGCCCAGACGGUGUUCCGAGACAAGAGUGGUAAACGGAGAGAUUUGGAUACAGAGAGGGAAGAACAGAAGAGGAAAGCUGGGGAAAAAGCAGCAAAGGAUGAGAAAUAUGCACAGUGGGGGAAAGGAUUGGCACAGGGCCAGAUGCAUCAGCAAAAACUUGAAGAUGCAGUGCACGAAGCCCAGAAGCCGCUGGCACGUCACCGCGAUGACGAGGAUCUUGACCGCAUGUUGAGAGAGCAGGAAAGGGAUGGGGAUCCGAUGGCUGGGAUGCUGAGACGGAAGAAAGACCGCAAUACAAAGACACAAGACAAACCUCGAUAUAAAGGCCCACCACCACCUCCAAACCGCUUUAACAUUCUACCAGGCCAUCGCUGGGAUGGCGUUGACAGGUCAAAUGGUUUUGAACAGAAACGCUACUCACGAAUGGCCGAUAAAAAAGCCGUCCAGGAGGAAGCGUAUAAAUGGAGUGUGGAGGACAUGUAACGGCAAUCAGAAACCGCUAGAUAAGGAGCGGAGCUGAAGAGCAGGAAGACUCCUUCGUAGAGGAACUGACAUUUUGAAAAUAGACUGAGAAAAAUUUGUUCUCUUCUCAAAGCUGUUUCAUAAUGUACAAUGGACAUUGGAUUAUAA